AUGGUGGGUGGGGGGGGCAUGCCGUGGCUUGCACGGCAUGAUCCUAUUAUCGACUGGGAGAAGCGUACGGUCGUACGCUUCGGACGCUGCGGCGCAACAGAGAGCGAUGGUCCUGUUAGUGCAGCGGAUACACCUAGCGGUGCAUCCGAACCUCCUUCAGAGACAGUGGCUCCCGUCGCUGUCUCCGGUCGUAAAGCGUGGAGCGCGCGGGCUGUAACGACUCCGGGAGUCGUUGACAGAAAAGGAGUGUCUGGUGAGGGAUCAGACACUACCAAGAAAUUCUCCGCCGUGAGGCGUCGAGGUGACAACGGUGUGUCAACUCUUAGAGUUGCGAACACACUACUCCACCCCGGGCUGCACGAAGCAGGGCGCGAUCAAGCCGGGCUUAAUGACGCGUGCCCGCGGGUACAAGAACCCGCCGGCGAUCGCCCGCAGACUGGAAUGUCUGCCGUUGGUAUCAAGGAACAUUCGUCCAUGGCCGGGCCUGGACGUAAAGCAAGUGAAUCCGGGAUUCACAAGAAGAAGCGACGGCGCAAGCACAACAUGCUGCGCAAGUCUCGGUCCGGUACCGAGACUCUCCAAGGUAUGUCUGCCGGGCAGACACAAGAGCCGACGGUGGUCGUCGAGACGUUAAACGUAUUGACAUGA